UAUGGCAAAAAAAUUAUAACCAUAACUAGAUUUAUCUUGGAUAGUUCCAAAUGCAUUGUGUUGGUAAGAUCUUGAUAAUAAGGACCCUAUGUUUUCACCUGCUGAAAUAAUAAGUUCAGAUGGGAAAAUAAUUAUUAUCAAAUUAGAAUCUGGUGGAUAGAUUGAAUGCAAACCAACACAAAUAUUGGAAAGAGCAGAUCCAACCAUAUUAGGAAAUAAAGGGUUUGAUGAUAUGGUAAAUAUGGAAAUUCUUAAUGAUGCAGAAUUACUAAAUAAUUUAAUAUAUAGAUUUGGAAAGGAUAUUAUAUUUACUUAUGUAGGUCCUACAUUAUUAGUCAUAAAUCCAUUUAAAUAAAUUCAUGGUUUAAUGGAUGUUGAUAUAAGAAAUUAAUAUAUAGAUGAUAUCAUUAAAAAGAAUCAACUUAUCAAAGAUUUGCCUCCUCAUGUAUAUGCAAUAGCAGCAUAAGCUUAUAGACAAUUAUUUGAGAAUGAAAAGAAUUAAGCAAUUGUUAUAUCAGGAGAAAGUGGAGCAGGAAAAACUGAGAAUGCAAAAUUUUCUAUGAAUUUAUUAACAUCAAUUGCAUCAGAUAGUUCUUCAAAAGAUAAAAUAGAAGAUUAAAUUUUAGGAUGUAAUCCUAUAUUAGAAGCUUUUGGUAAUGCAAAAACUGUGAGGAAUAAUAAUUCAUCAAGAUUUGGAAAGUAUGUUAGGAUUAUUGUUGACGAUAAGACUAGAUAAAUUAAGGGAGCAGAAAUCAUUAAUUACUUGAUGGAGAAGUCAAGAAUAAAUUAAUAAGGUAAAAAUGAAAGAAAUUUUCAUAUAUUUUAUUUCUUUUUACAAGGCCUACCAAAAGAACUAUUAAAUAAAUUUGGAGUAACAAUGAAAAUGGAAGAAUUUAAUUAUUUAAAUUCUUCAAAAACAUAUACUAUUCCAAAUGUUGAUGAUGCUGAAAUGUUCAAAGAAAUUUAAGAAAGUUUUUCAAUUUUAGGAAUGCAUUCUGAUUUUGAAAAUAUAGUUUAAACAGUUCUUGCAGUAUUACAUUUAGGAAAUCUUGAGUUUGACAAUAGUACUCUAACAGAUACAUAGCCUGCCUAAGUUAAUGAAAGCUUAGUAGAGCGUUUACUUGAAUUGUCAAAUUAACAACUAUCUUAGGCUUUGACUCUUAAAUCAAGAGUAAUAAACAAAUAAACUAUAUUGUCUCCAUUGACACUUGAUGAAUGUUAAUUUACACGAGAUUCCUUGGCCAAGGAUAUUUAUGAUAGAUUAUUUAAUUGGUUAGUUAUUCAAUUAAAUAAAGUUUUAAAACCUAAAGUAGAGUCUAAGACAUCUGUUGGGUUACUUGAUAUUUAUGGAUUUGAGGUUUUUGAUAAAAAUGGAUUUGAAUAGAUUAUGAUCAAUUAUACUAAUGAAAAGUUACAUCAAUUGUAUAUUCUAUAUGUUUUCAAAGAGGAGGAGAAAAUUUUUAUUGAAGAAGGACUCAAGGAUCAUUUAGGUUAAUUAGAAUUUUAAGAUAAUACUUCUGUAAUAGAAUUAAUAGAUAAAUAACCUGGAGGUAUAUUUAGUAUUUUAGAUGAAUCGUGUUCUGUAAAAUCAACAGAUGAUGGAUUUCUAUAAAAAAUAAGAACUGUUCAUAAAUCAAAUCUAUUAAUAAAAACACCUAAAAUGCCAAGUGAUCCUUCAUUUAUAUUAGUACAUACAGCAAAAGAUGUUUGUUAUACUGUUACAGGAUUUCGAGAAAAAAACAAAGAUGAAAUGAGUGUUUAAACUAUAUCAAUGAUAAGUCAAACAAAAAAUCCACUUUUAAAAUAAUUAUAUACUAUGGAAGGAAUGAAAGAAAAGAUGAUAUCAUAAAAGAUAAAAAAAGAAAUGAUUGAAUUAAUGACAGAAUUGCAUUAAUGCGAUGUUCAUUUUAUAAGAUGCAUUAAACCUAAUGAAAGUAAAUUGCCAAAUCAAGUAUUUUCUGAAAUGACUCUCAAAUAAAUCAGAUAUCUAGGUGUAUUAGAUUCCUUAAAAGUUAGGAAAGAAUCUUAUAGCAUCAGAAGACCAUAUUAAUUUUUUUAUAAAAGAUAUGCUGAUAUGACAAGAAAUGAAAUAUAUAGUAAAUUAAUAAAAAAUCCAGAUAUUGAUUUUAGACAAUUAGUCUUAGAUAUGUUUAAAUAACAUAUGCCUCAUAUUGAUUCAAAAUAAGUAUUAUUUGGAAAGACAAAGAUAUUUAUUCGUAAUACAGGAUUAUAAAUGAUUGAAGAUUCAUAUACAAAAAUUGUGACUCUUAAACAUUAAAGGGCAGCAAAGUUGUAAAGAUCAUAUAAAAUUUAUAAGAUGAAUUAACAUUUGAAAAAGAUGAUGAAAAUUGCAAUGACUCUUCGUACUUUAGCAUAAAGAAUUCGUUUUAAAGUAUUCAUAAGAAAAAGAGUAAAAGCAGCAUUUCUAAUUUAAGUUUGGUAUAAAAAAUUACAUGAAAGAAGAAUACAAUAAAAAUAUGAAAAAUCUGCAUUAUAUUUAAAGUUAUAUUUUGAAAGAUUUAAUAUACUUAGAGAUAUUGCAAGAAAGAAAUUAGCUAUUAGUAAAAUAUAGAAAUUUUGUAGAUAUGUAGUACAAUCAAAAUAAGAGAGGAAAAUUAGAGAAAUUAAAAUUGUAUUUUAAAAAAUUAUUGAUGAUUCUUGGUAAAUGAUAUUAGUUAAGAAAGCAAUAAUUAUAUAAUCAAAUUUUAGAGGAAUUUAAGUUAGAAAAAAGAAUAAGAAAUAAAUUCAUCAAAUAAAGAAUGCAGGAAGAAAAAUAAAAAUGGAAGUUUCAAUUAUAAAAAUUUAAGCAGCAAUUAGAAGAUUUAUUGCAAGAAGUUAAUUUAGAAGAGCUCAUGAUGCUGCUUAUUUAAUUCAAGGAUAUUUUAGAAUGAAAUUACUUUCAACAAUGUUUCAAAAAAUGAGAACAGCUGCAAGAUGUGUAUAAAAAUUUGCUCGUAUAUAUCUAUAGAAACAAAUGGCUUAUAAAAAGAAUUAUGAAUCUUUUAUAUUACCAUGGGAAAAAAAUGUUUAAUAAUAAAAAUAUGAUGCAUCCAGUUUAUGGAUUUUAACAAAUGAAAAUAUGGAAAAUGAAGAAAUCUAACCAUUAUUAGAAACUUGUCUCAUUUAAUGGAGACCAAGAUUACCAAAAAUUGCAUUAUUCUCUGUACCUAUUGAUAUUGAUAUACUUUCAGAUAUCUAUUAAUGUUACAAUCCAAAUUAUUCUUAUUCAAGAACAUUGCUUAAUAUUAUUAUUUAAUAAUUUAGAAAAGAUCAUCCAAUUUAAUCAUAUUUUACUACUGAAGAAAGUACUUUAUGUGUUACUUUGGGUGGAACUGCCAUAUUUGAAUUUGGUAAUGGGUAAUUAAUUUUAAAUAAAGAUACUUUUGAUAAUGUUGAAAAGAAUAUAUUUCCAGAUUUCAUUAGAAUAAAGUCUAUUAGUUGUAGUGAUGAAUUCAUUUUAGUAACUACUGCAGAUGGUUCUUUAUUAUAAUAUGGUGAUUAAUAUAAAUAAAUCAAAUACAAACCACAUUAUAUAAAUAAAGAAUGUACUAUGUCAUCCAAAAAAUAUAUUGUAAGUGAUAAUAAAGUGUUUUCAUUAAUUAAUUUAAAUGUUAAUAUACCUAUUAAAUAGAAAGUUAGAAUGAUAUCAUGUGGAAAUCAAUUUAUUGUUACAUUAUGUGAAAGUGGUUAAUUGUAUUCAUGGGGAGAAAAUUAUGAAGGAGAAUUAGGAUUGGGUGAUAGAAGAUAUAGACAUGAACCUUGUCUGAUUAAUAUUGAAAAAGUAUUGUAGGUUUGUUGUGGUUUUAAACAUGUUAUUGCAAAAACUAGAAAUAAAAUUUAUACUUGGGGAUGGGGUGAAAGAGGUCAACUUGGUAAUUCUGAAUUAAAAAAUGAAGUAAUUAAAUAUUAAUUAUAAUAGACUUUACCUAAACCCUUGAAUAUCAUAGCAUUAUGGGUGUCUGCAGGAAGAACAAGUUCUAGUAUUAUUACAAAUGAUCGUAUAAUAAUAUAAUGUGGUACUAAUUCAAAAUUAAAUCAUUAAGCAAGGUUUGAGACAAUAUAAUUAGUAAUUCUUUAUAUAAUUAUUAGAGUUUUGCAUUGAAUUCAAUGAUUCCUGUAAGAAUAAUAUCUACAUGGUCAAAAACUAUUGAAAUAACUUAUGUCACUUUUGCUAAUACAAUUUCAUUACCAGAAAAUUAGUUGUCUAAAUCUUUAAAAAUCUUAAAUCAAUUAAAUUAGAUCUGGUCAGAAAGUAGUGAUCCUCAUUCAAUUGAUCCACCAUUCAAUUAAUCUAUAAGCAAUUAUUUAUAUGAAGCUUCUAUGAGAAAAUCUAAUUAAUUCAAUAAAUAAUAAAUUAAAAGUCAUUUCAAAUUAUAAAAAGAAAUGUUUUAUAUUGAAGAUGAAAGAGAUUGGGUUUUGAAAAAGAAAAUUUUAAUAGAAGACAUUAAAUCUCAUUAAAGAACUGUUACUAAAACUGAAAAACUAAAAACAAUUAAAUAAAGAUUUCUAGAUUUGAUGACUAAAUCUGAAGAUCAAUGGACAAAAGAUGAUAAAAAUUUUAUUAAUUAAAUCUAGAAUAAUGAGAAAAUCUAAUCUUUACUAAAGAGUAUAGAAUAAUGA